UAGCAAUUUUAUCCUGCAAAACUUCUGGUUUAUUUUGUUUUAAAAAGCUUGCAUUUACCUCCAACACUUAAAAGCUAAAGGUUCAAAACUCAGUAGUGUCCUCUAGAAAUUCGAAGGAUUUUAUUUCGAUCAGCUACACGGCUUCUUAAUUAAAUGCUCUACAUACACAUCCUUCGACCUGUAGUCCCUCAAGACUCGAUCUUAAUUGGGGACUCAGCUAAAUUGUCUUUUCUGUGAGAGCUACUGAUGGAUUGAUUCCUCCAGGAAAUGGUAAAAUUAGAAAUCUCACUGCGGAGAUGUUUUACAUAUUAAAAAAAGACAGAGCCCCACCCCCCACCCCUUGUAUUUUUAGAGGCACUAAUUUUCUUCCAAUACUUCCUGUAGUAGUUCGGCUUGAGGACAAGCGAGGCCACAGAGCUCGGACAGUGUGCGGGCUCCGAGGCGCGACCUUCCAGGGUCCCUGGAGGUUAAAUGCCCCGCUUUGGAAGCAGCAGGAGGGCGCGGGCGACCCUGGCAGGAGGCUCGGGCCCGGGGAUGUGCUGGAGAGUCACUCCUCCCUCCCGGGUUAAAGCCCCAACACGCCACGCGCAGGACGGGAAGGAGGGCGGACCACAGCGGGACUCCCUGGCCCCCGGCACAGGGUGCCCCUCUCGGCCAGCACAGCGAAAACCCCCGUUAGUGCGGCUUCGAAGCCACUCCGGGAGGCAGCCCCACUGGCUUAGCCAGAGCUGUCCAGCUGUGGGGAAGGGGAGGGGGAGGAGUCAGGCGGGGUUCAGCCCCACCCUCCUAGGUCCUGUCACUUUAAGGCAAGCAGGAAUUCCUGGGCCCCGCCCCCUUCCCGAAGCUCCACUUCCGAUUGGCUCGUAGAGAUGCCAGUCGCGGGCGGAGGUUUCGUCAUCCUCCGGCACAGGGCUCUCCCAUUGGCCCAGGCGCCGGCAGCUUGUAAAUGGUGCUGGGAAAGGGGGAGGGGAGGAGAGUGUGAGAGCGAGCGCGAGCGAGGCCCGGGUGGGAGCGGGAGGCUGGCUGGUUUCGCAAUCGCCUCUCGUUGUCCGCCGGUUCCAACUCCUCGAAGUAAGGCGUCGGGGUCGCGCCGCAGCGGGGGCCUCGCUGGGUUCGCCUCGGGUGGAGGCCCCCUAGUUCACAAAUUGAAUAUACAAGGUAUUCAUUGUGGAUGAUCAUGUAACAUUCUGAGAGUCAACUGGGAAAAGAGUAUCCUUCCAGCUCCCGAAGGGCCACUCCAUAUGAUAAUAUUUUUAAAAAAAAAAAAAGAAAAAGAAGAAAAAAAUCAGCACAACUGAUCCUUAUGUUGAAAAAGUCUGAAAAAGUGCAGUGUGUAACACCUAUGGACUUUUCAGUUCAGAAAGAGAUGGGUUGGGAAGGUAUCCUUCCAUCAUAGCUCCUCAGAGGUGCAUGUGAAGAUUUCUUGGCAGUGGAGUGUGGAAACUUGGUUGCUUGUAUCUUCCUUCACCCCUUCCUCUGUUCCCCCUCCACCAUUUCUAACUCUGUGCUGAAGUUAAAGAAGAGUGUCCAAAUGAGCAAGACAUCCCAACAGAGCAGUACUGCAGGAGCAAAUGGAAUCAGUGUCAUUCAUACACAAGCACACGCCAGUGGUUUGCAGCAGGUUCCUCAGGUGGUGCCGGUCAGCCCUGGGGGAGGAGGCAAAGCUGCACCUCCCAGCAAGCAGAGCAAAAAGAGUUCAUCUGUGGAUAGGAACAGUGACGAGUAUCGACAGCGGAGGGAACGGAACAACAUGGCGGUGAAAAAGAGUCGGUUAAAAAGCAAGCAGAAAGCCCAGGACACCUUGCAGAGGGUCAACCAGCUGAAGGAAGAGAACGAACGCUUGGAAGCAAAGAUCAAACUUCUGACUAAGGAAUUAAGUGUACUUAAAGAUCUGUUUCUUGAGCAUGCACACAAUCUGGCAGACAACGUACAGCCUAUGAGCGCUGAAAGCACUACAACAAAUCCCGAUAACACAGGACAGUAGAGGUGUCUCUUCACAACCUUGGGGAAUUGAACUUUAGAAGGUGUGACUUGCACCACUCACAUUAGUAUCAGAGCUGAUCUGUUUUAGUAUUUAAAGAUCCUUUUUGGGAUAUUUUCUAGGUUAAGCACUGAAGAUUUGAUUAGCCUAAAAUGUUAACUUGUUGGUCUUUUUUGAAGUAAUAAGUUGCUUUUUAUCAAAAGUUGGAUAAUUUUUUCAAAGAUAUGAAAAUCUCAGAACUUGAUGUUAUUGCUAAGACUUGGAUUUCCCCAGAAAUGCUCAUUUUCUUUUUUUGGCAUGGAGAAAUAGGAGUAUACCAGGCAAGUGGCAGAUUAGGCAGACGUUUACUGGUUUUAAUGAAGAGAAUUGGAUGAAAAAAAUUGAUGUUAAAUGUUCUUUUAAAAAUCUGUACACUGUAAUGUAAAUUGGCUGUUUAGAGACAGAUCAGUUUAUAAUAUGAGGGUUAUAAAUACAUUGUUUUAACAUAAUUAGAAGUUUUUCCCUAGUUGGCAUAAAUUGUUUCUCAAUAGUAUGGUUCAGCAGUGAUGGCUAAAGUGUUACAAAUGAUUAUUAUAAACAGGGGAUUGUAAAUGUGCUAUGUAGCACAUUGAAAUUGGCAUACCAAAACUGUAAAUGGCUAAGGGAGCGAGUGGAUUAAUAUUUAUUCUUGUAAGCCUCUAUAUCAGCGAAAUUUGUUAGAAUUCUCCUUUCAGGUUUUCUGGGAUUAUAGGGCUAUAUGAAAAAAAAAAAGUCAGGAAUGUUUAGAACAACUCAGAAAAACUGAAGUGUCUCUCUAAGUGUUAGUUUUAAAGAAUUGUUAAAAUAGACAUUUUUGGCUACAUAUGUUGAAAAGUACUUCAUGUAGUAUAUUACCAGCCUAUUUAGUAUUGGGCUCAAGAGGUAGUUUUACUGAGAAUGGAACUUUUCUUAGGUCACAAUUUUAUAGGAAGCCUUCAUCAAAAAGUUUUUAUUUUAACAAAAGAGUGAUUACUCAAAAAUUUGUGGAUAAUUUCAUACUUUUCCUGAAAAUACAGUGGUAAUGUACCAUUAAGAUGGCUCUUAAAAAGACAAACUAAGAUGUCAAACCCUUUUAACUUAUUUCAUCGUUUGUAAUAUCAGCCUGUCGUAUUUCUUAUCUGGUCAUCACACUAUACUCUCCCAAAUAUUUUUUCACCCUUUACUUCCAUUCAUUAAUUUUUAAGCUUGUGUGCCCUAUAAACAUAUUUAGAAAGAGUAUGUUGGUGAGAAAGUUGUUAGGAUGCUGAUAGAGAAAGCACAAAAUUAUUUUGUGAUUAAAAAUGUCAAAGGGAAGCUGUGGAGACUGUUCCAUUUAAUAGUAGCAGUUUAAAAGUCUUUCUUAACAUUUUUUUGGCUUGGCUUUAUCUUACCUGUUUUACUUUGUAAUUUUAUGUGGGGCUGGCUUCCUCGCCAUUUAGUAGAACUCAUCCACUCUUUGUUGACAGACUAUCCGUCAGGUAAAUCUGUUUACUGUGUGUCUGUCGCUUCAAGCUACUGUGGUGGGCCUCAGUUUUUAACUGUAGUUUGGUGCUUCAUACCAGUAUAAUUGAGACAGGUUAGGGAAGUAGGAGUGCCUUUUAUUUACUGAGUGGAAUACUUUGCAGUGCACCUGUGAAGGUUUUCAAUAACCAGGGUGAUAAACUCCCUUUUCUUGGCAUCUCAGCCAUUUUGCUUGUCAGGAUAGCCCUUUGGCUUAGGGCAGGGGACAGACUGGAAACCCUAUGGGAUAAAAUUGAUGAUUAAGGUUUGGUUAAUAUUGUCAAUUUGAGCUAAUUUGAAACUUGUAUUAGACUCAGUAGUUGGAAUUGUGGUAAGUGACAUUGGGCUUGCUUGUUGUAAUAGGAUGGGAGUUAGCUAAAGCCUUUGUAGUUGUAGCUCUGUUUGUGAAGAUAGGAACCAUAUGUCAUUUUAUGAAUGAUUGGACCUUUCUCAGAAAGGUUAUUGACUUCAUAUGGAGCAAGGAAGGAGUAUAGGGAGUUUUAUAAGGACCAGUUCACUGUGUUGGCUUGAAACGUUUAGCUACCUGUUAAAGCUAAUGGAGAUUUUGAUUAACUGGGUCACCCCAUAUAAGUCUUUAGAAGCAGUUUGAAGCUGGAUCAUCUCAGUAAUAUUUUAAAAUGAAAGUUUCAUAACUGGGGAUAUCAGGUCACUUACUGUCAAGCACAUAUGGUUCUAGACUUUUUUUCUCUCCUAUAUCAUUUGCUGAAAAACACAUCCAUCAUAGAAAUACACAAUGACAGCUUAUAGAAAUUUGGUCAAAUCCCCUUACGGUAUAGAUGAGGAAACUAAGGUACAGAAAGGUUGUGACCUGCCCAAGAUCGCAUGGCAAAUUAGUGACUGAGCUAAGACUAAUAUCCGGAUCUCCUCACUUCCAGUCCAGUGCUCUUUGCUCUGCACUGUGUUAAUAACCUCAUCAGGCUUCAUAUGUUUUUCAGUGAUUCCAGAUGGAUUUGUGGGUGCUAUUGGGGGUGUUAGAUGUGAUAAGCAUUUUAAAAUCGGCUAGAAUAUAACUUGAAACUAUUUCUUAAGUGGAUUCAAGCUUUCGUGCUUGAGCUAAGUAAAUUACAGAGUUUUAGUUUAAGGUAUAAUAGAGACAAAUUUCAUAGGUUAUCAGUUUCUGAAUAGAAAUAACUUCAGAAUGCAAGAUUUCAUCAUCUAAAAGCUUACUGUUGCUUAGGCUCAGUCUGCUUCAUUGACAUAAUGUUAGAACAAGAGCUCAGACACUGGAGAAGACAUGCUAACAAAAUGGAACCAUGUUCUGGAAAAUCAGGGCUUAGACAGUGUGGAAAUUGACAUAAAUUGGAAGUGUGUGCAGUUUAAAGCACUUCAGCUUUCUCUGUUGUCUUUAGCAGGCUUAAAAUACUUAACCUAAACAAGAUAGUGCUCAGAGUACUCCAAACUGCCUUAGAAAUAGGGAAGCUGGUUUUUAUGUUGAAUUGACAGAAGCUAGGGAGAAGAAAGACCACUUUAUGGAUGUUAGCUCUGCCUCUCAGGAAAAAAAAAGUACCAACUUGUUCUUUCUAUUCCUGGCUUUUCUCAAUUUGUGAGAUUUCUAUUUUUUUAAUAAAAUUUGAUUUCUUCCAAUGAAUUUGAAAUAAAAAUCUUUGGAACAAUGGUA